AUGGCGGCGGAUGGUGACCAGAGUGAUUAUUUUGUGAGAGAAAUUGAGAAAAACGACGGUUUUACCUUGAAAGUGAAUCAGUGCUACAUGGGAGAUGUUGGCUGUGUGGUUUGGGACGCAGCCAUCGUUCUUGCAAAGUAUUUAGAGACAAAACAGUUUUAUGAGCCAUCCACAGGAAUGAACCUGUGGGCUGACAGGAGAGUGGUGGAGUUAGGAGCUGGGACAGGAGCAGCUGGUUUAAUGGCAGCGACACUAGGAGCUCAAGUUACUGUGACAGAUCUGGAGGAUUUGCAGACCCUGAUGAGAGUGAACAUCAAAGACAACCAAAAACUCAUCAGCAGUGGAUCCAUAACUGCCAAGGUACUGAAAUGGGGUGAAGAUGUGUCUGACUUCCUCCCACCUCCACACUACGUCCUUAUGGCAGACUGUAUCUAUUAUGAGCAGUCUAUUGCUCCACUGGUGGAGACUUUGAAACUCCUCGCAGGACCAGAGACCUGCAUUAUUUGCUGCUAUGAGCAACGCACUGAGGGCGUCAACCCAGAAGUGGAAAGGAAGUUUUUUAAGUUGCUGGAGCAAAACUUCAGCUGUGAAGAGAUCCCUUCAAGCAAACAAGACCCAGAGUUUAACAGUCCAGACAUCCACAUCCUGCACAUCAGAAGAAAAGUUUGAGUUUGUGUGAUGAACUAUGUGCCAACCUAAUACCCCACGAAAAUGAGACUGUGGAAUAGAAAUGUUAAAAGUCUGU